GGCCCCGGGGACCCGACCGGCUGGGGGCGGGGACCGCGGCCGCCUGCGCGGUUCCGGGUGCUCCCGCCGCGCGCAGCCCGGGGCGCACUUGACCGGAGUCGGGCUGCGGGGAAGGGCGGGUCUGGGGAGAACCCCGGAGCCCGCGGCGUCCCUCAGCCCCACCUCCCCGCGGCGGCCGGAGCCUCAGCCCGAGCCCGAGCCCGAGCCCCAGCCCGAGCCCCAGCCCGAGCCCCAGCCCGAGCCACCUCGCCCCCCGGCUCGCGCGCCCCAGCCAUGGCUUUCGCCAAUUUCCGCCGCAUCCUGCGUCUGUCCACCUUCGAGAAGAGAAAGUCCCGCGAAUAUGAGCACGUCCGCCGGGACGUGGACCCCAACGAGGUGUGGGAGAUCGUGGGCGAGCUGGGCGACGGCGCCUUCGGGAAGGUUUACAAGGCCAAGAACAAGGAGACAGGUGCUUUGGCUGCCGCCAAGGUCAUAGAGACCAAGAGUGAGGAGGAGCUGGAGGAUUACACGGUAGAGAUCGACAUCCUGGCCACCUGUGACCACCCCUACAUUGUGAAGCUCCUGGGAGCCUACUACUACGACGGGAAGCUGUGGAUCAUGAUCGAGUUCUGUCCUGGAGGAGCUGUGGACGCCAUCAUGCUGGAGCUAGACAGAGGCCUCACUGAGCCCCAGAUUCAGGUGGUUUGCCGCCAGAUGCUGGAAGCCCUCCACUUUCUGCAUGGCAAGAAGAUAAUCCACCGAGAUCUGAAAGCCGGCAACGUGCUGAUGACCCUGGAGGGAGACAUCAGGCUGGCUGACUUUGGUGUGUCUGCCAAGAAUCUGAAAACUCUGCAGAAACGAGAUUCCUUCAUAGGAACGCCUUACUGGAUGGCCCCUGAGGUGGUGAUGUGUGAGACCAUGAAGGACACUCCGUACGACUACAAAGCCGACAUCUGGUCCCUGGGCAUCACUCUGAUUGAGAUGGCCCAGAUCGAGCCCCCGCAUCAUGAGCUCAACCCCAUGCGGGUCCUGCUCAAGAUUGCCAAGUCGGACCCCCCCACUCUGCUCACGCCUUCCAAGUGGUCCAUGGAGUUCCGUGACUUCCUGAAGACCGCUCUGGAUAAGAACCCGGAGACCCGGCCCAGUGCUGCACAGCUCCUGGAGCAUCCCUUCGUCAGCAGCGUCACCAGUAACAAGGCUCUGCGGGAGCUGGUGGCCGAGGCCAAGGCCGAAGUGAUGGAGGAGAUUGAAGAUGGCCGGGAGGAGGGAGAAGAGGAGGACUCCCCGGAUGCCACCUCUCCUCUGGGGGAUCAUACUCGAGACUCUUCUGAGGUGAGCCAACUGAGUCUCAAUACCGACAAGCCUGUCAAAGAAUCCUCCCUCACCCCACUGCCACCCAGCCAGCCUCAGGACAAUGUGAAUGGGCCCAGCCAGCCCUCCGGGGACAGAUCCCUCCAAACCACCAACCCCCCAGAUGUGGCUCCUGGAAAUGAGAAUGCCCUGGCAGUGCCAGCACCCUUCCGGAAGUCCCGGCCAUUGUCAAUGGAUGCCCGAAUUCAGGUGUCCGAAGAGAAGCAAGUCGCUGACCGGGACGGGGACCUCAGUACGGCAGCCAACAGGCCCCAAAAAGCAAGCCAGAGCCGUCCCAACAGUAGUGCCCUGGAGACCUUGGGUGCCGAGAAGCUGGCCAACGGCAGCCUGGAGCUCCCCACCCAGGCGGCCCUGGGCCCUUCCAAGAGGGACUCAGACUGUGGCAGCCUCUCCACCUCCGAGAGUUUGGACUACAGUACCUCCCUGUCAGCUGACCUGUCCCUGAACAGAGAAACAGGCUCUCUCUCCAUCAAGGACUCAAGAUUGCACAAUAAAACUCUCAAGAGGACACGCAAGUUUGUGGUGGAUGGCGUAGAGGUGAGCAUCACCACCUCCAAGAUCAUCAGCGAGGAUGAAAAGAAGGAUGAAGAGAUGCGAUUUCUCAGGCGCCAGGAGCUACGAGAGCUUCGGCUGCUUCAGAAAGAAGAACAUCGGAACCAGACCCAGCUGAGCAGCAAGCAUGAGCUGCAGCUGGAGCAGAUGCAUAAACGUUUUGAACAAGAAAUCAACGCCAAGAAGAAAUUCUUUGACACAGAGCUAGAGAACCUGGAGCGUCAGCAGAAGCAGCAAGUGGAGAAGAUGGAGCAAGACCAUGCUGUACGCCGCCGGGAGGAGGCCAAGCGGAUCCGACUGGAGCAGGAUCGGGACUAUACCAGGUUCCAGGAGCAGCUCAAACUGAUGAAGAAGGAGGUGAAGAACGAGGUGGAGAAGCUCCCCAGGCAGCAGCGGAAGGAGAGCAUGAAGCAGAAGAUGGAGGAGCACGCACAGAAAAAACAGCUUCUCGACCGAGACUUCCUGGCUAAGCAGAAGGAGGACCUGGAGCUGGCGAUGAAGAAAAUCACUGCUGACAACAGGCGGGAGAUCUGUGACAAGGAGCGCGAGUGUCUCACUAGGAAGCAGGAACUCCUUCGAGACCGGGAGGCAGCCCUGUGGGAAAUGGAGGAGCAUCAUCUGCAGGAGAGACACCAGCUGGUGAAACAGCAGCUCAAAGACCAAUACUUUCUCCAGCGGCAUGAGCUAUUGCGCAAGCACGAGAAGGAGCGGGAGCAGAUGCAGCGCUAUAAUCAGCGCAUGAUAGAGCAGCUAAAGAUGCGACAGCAGCAGGAGAAAGCACGGCUGCCCAAGAUUCAGAGGAGUGAGGGCAAGACACGCAUGGCCAUGUACAAGAAGAGCCUCCACAUCAAUGGCGCGGGCAGUGCCUCUGAGCAGCGCGAGAAGAUCAAGCAGUUUUCCCAGCAAGAGGAGAAGAGGCAGAAGUCGGAGCGGCUACAGCAGCAGCAGAAACAUGAGAACCAGAUGCGAGACAUGAUGGCACAGUGUGAGAGCAACACGAGCGAGCUGCAGCAGCUGCAGAAUGAAAAGUGUCACCUCCUGGUAGAACACGAAACCCAGAAGCUGAAGGCCCUAGAUGAGAGCCAUAAUCAGAACCUGAAGGAAUGGCGGGACAAGCUUCGGCCACGCAAAAAGGCUCUGGAAGAAGAUCUGAACCAGAAGAAGCGAGAGCAGGAGAUGUUCUUCAAACUGAAUGAGGAGACAGAAUGCCUGAACCCUACGACCCCAAAUAAGGCCACGAAGUUCUUCCCCUACAGCUCUGUGGAUACUUCUUAACAGCCCCCUGGGGCUGUGGCUGGCAGGCUGGUGGGCCUCCAAGGCCCACCCAUUCUCUGUGAACAAGUAACUCAGGACCCCCUUCCCUCUUGCUUCCAUGCCAACUUGAAUCCAGCGCCUUGCCUUGUGCUACCCCAGCUGUGCCCAACAGACCCUUCCCAGUGUUCCUUAAUUCUCGCUCACUUAUGGAGUGCGAGGUUUUAUUAUGUGUUGCCCGUUUCUAAUGUAUGUUCUCUUUGAAUCCCACAUCCCCUUCAAGUUGUAGUGAUUUGGGCUGCUUGUGGGGUCAGCGUCUGGGAGGAAUGGUGUUCUGCAGCCUCGAGGCCCUCCUAUUUGCCAAAGCACCAGUUUUGCUGCCUGUGUGCAUGAAGUGCUACAACUGGUAACAGUGAGUUUGUCCAUAUUGUGAUUCUUGCUGGCUCUUCAGCCAUUGUAGUAUCAGACAAUAACUAUGGCUCUCAGUAGCCAUUUUGGUUCCUAGUGAAACCUACCCUGCAGCCAGCUGCUCAGGGGGUGCUCUCAUCCUUCCAGUAACCUCAAUUUGCUUUCCUCUUGAGACAAGGCCAUAUCUACAACAGUGGGAUGGAGGAGAGCCUGAACAGAUCAUUCUGCUGGUCUUGGGUAUUUUGUGCCAUCUUGUGCCCCACCUCUCCACCUCUGCACACGUAUACAUACACACACACAUACAUAGGGCUUGGCCCCCUGCCACUACCCAGGCUUGCCUCUGCCCUGGGCCUCUUGUGUCAGCUGGGCUGAAACACAUUCACUGCCUUAGCCUGUGCCCCUGAGCAUGUUUAGGUGAAACCACUGGUAUGAAGUGUGCUGGGUACUGGCACAAAUGGUACAGGCUGAACUGCCAGUCUGUGAUUCCCUCUGGCCCCUGUACAGGAUCCUGUGACUGUGCCUAGGCUGUUCCUGUCUCACACCUGCCCAUCCUGUCUGCAGGUAAUAUGGGAAGGCUGUUUUCCUCCGCCUCUCCUAGCAGGAGUCUGGCCUUACACUUGAGACAUAGGCUGGUAGUCACUGGGAUUUCUCUUGAGGAAGAAAAAGCAUUAAGGAAAAACAUAAUGCUUCCUGCCCCUAGCAACACAACAGAUGCAAAGCUUCUGUAUCUCAGAUGGAAUUCUGGGCCUUCAGGUUACUCAGCUGGCCUCCCACAGAUUGUGAUUCCCCUAGACUGCAGGAUGCAGAUGACCCAGUAAAAGUAAUACUCAAACAGGCAUUCAGUUUAUCUACAAAAAAACCUUUUUUCACUUUGAUCUCUAAUUUGAAGGAAAUAUAAAUGAAUGGCUUCUACAGGAAGAUACUUGCUUUAAAUAAAACUAAAGGCGAUUUUGAGGAAUCAUAUGGAUGAUGUAUUAAGUCUGGGUACUGUUUUGCUGGUGAUGGAGUGGUUAACACCCCUGAAGGACUUUUUCCUUCACUCCUACUAAACAUUUAAGAUUUGAUGCUUUGACCUAAAGCAAUUCUCUUGAUGAUUUUUUGGCACUGGUUUAACUGGAUCUUGGGGAGGUGGGGGACUUGGGGUUCCCAAGGCUUACAAAUGCAGUGAAGAUGCUCUGGGGGUUGUGGUAAGGCAGUGGUCCUCUUAAGUUAGCGAACAUUCAGCUUGCCAGCUUCAGUAUUUGACCCAGAUGGGACAGUUUUCUGGUCUUACACAAAUGGGACAAGGGAAACAAUUGGCUCCUUUUAUUCUUUUUGGUGCACAGGUGCUGGGAAAAUGUGAACUAGCAGUAGUGUAAUUACAGAACACUGACCAGGUACCACCAGACAAGGCCAGCACUGGCAAAUGGUCAGGCGGGGCUGAUUUUGGCUUUGUUUACAGAAUUGCCUUUUGCAGCCUGGAGUGUAAGAAUGAGUAUUAGGUGAAAUGCCAGUUUCAUGGUUCAGAUGAAAGUCUUUGAUUAUUCCCCUAUUUGUCUUGUCGUUCACAUGACUCCUUGAAGGAGUUACUGCUUCCCUGUUUAGUGCUGCCCAAGGCCUGAUAGCUCCCCUGUCCUUUCUGGAUGAGGGCUGGCUGGGUCCUCCAGCCUCAUGAUGGAGCCAGCAUGCAUGCCCAUCAGUGAGAAGGCUUACACAGUAUUCCUCAUGCCCUGUGCUAAUGUUUUCCUCUGUAAGGGACAGAUGGAACUGUUUCUUGUUUUCAGUCCAAUUUUGGCAGAGUAAAUAUAACUAACUUAUAUUUUCCCUUUAUAAAGGAUAGAAGUUAUUUUUAUGUCAUUUCAAAACUUUAUACAAAACUUUUGUAAAAUGUUUUCUGGAAAGUUUAACUGCGAGAAUGUAAAUAUGCUUCUAAUAAAAUAAUAAGG